UAUACAUAUAGACCAAACUUGAACAUAUUUCACUAAAUUUCAUCUUCCACCUACUGUUCAAUUCCUACACUUUCAAAGAUCCAAAUACCAGAUAAUAUCAUCUGAGACAUAUAUGUAUCAAUUAUGAGUUCGGAGAAAAAAUUAGCAAACGCGGUAGGCGCGAAAACAGCUAGGGCUUGUGACAAUUGCAUAAGAAAAAGGGCGCGAUGGUAUUGUGCAGCCGAUGAUGCUUUCUUGUGUCAAUCUUGCGAUUCUUCCGUUCAUUCGGCCAAUUCCUUGGCUCGUAGGCACGAAAGGGUUCGUCUUAAAACAUCAUCUCUUAAAUCGUCAGAUGAAUUUCCCAAUUUGGAAAGUUCAGUCUCAGACUCAAUCUCAACCUCAAUCCCAUCAUGGCACCAUGGAUUUACUCGAAAAGCGCGAACACCUAGGCAUGCAAAAAGAGUUAAAUCCACGGAGGACGAGGAGGAAAUGAAAAACCCUAUUCAACUCGUCGUCCCAGAGAUAUUAAGUGAUGAGAAUUCGCAUGAUGAGAACGAAGAAGAGCAACUCCUAUAUCGUGUACCUACUUACGAUCCCUUCGUGGCGGAUGCUAAUUAUGGUAAUGAGUAUUCUUCUAAAGAGAUGAAAAAUGAUUUUGUUAAUGAUGAUGUGAAUAGGUUUCAUGGGAUGCUAGCUCCAUCAGAGAUGGAGCUAGCAGAAUUCGCGGCGGAUGUGGAAAGUUUAUUGGGGAAAGGACUUGAUGAUGAAGAGUCGUUUAGUUACAUGGAAGGGUUAGGUUUUUUGGAGAAACAUGAUGAGAAAUUAGUGAAGGUUGAAGAUGAAGGAGAAAAGGAAUUUGUCGAUAUGAAUUGUACUAGUUAUGAUAAUCAAGUUGAUUAUUCAAAGAUUGAUAUGGUUGGAGAGACGUUUGAGCUCAAGUUUGAUUAUGAUUCACCAGUUAUUAACUUAGAAGAAGAUAAAAAAGUUGAAGUUGGGGAGAUAAAUAUGGAGGAUAUUGAUAGUGGAAAAAAUAAUAAUAAUAAUAAGAUUUUGUUAAAUCUUGAUUAUGGAGGUGUUUUAAAUACUUGGGCUGACCAAAGGUCUCCUUGGACUACCGGCGAGCGACCUGAAAUUGAUUUCAACGACUGCUGGCCACUAUGCAUGGGAAAUUGUGGAAAAAUUCAUCCAUAUGGAGAGAUGGGAAUAAUGACUGGACAUGGAGGAGUAAUGGAUGAAGGAAGAGAAGCAAGAGUAUUAAGGUACAAGGAGAAGCGACGAACGAGGUUGUUCUCCAAGAAAAUAAGGUACGAGGUCAGGAAAUUGAACGCUGAAAAGAGGCCACGAAUGAAAGGAAGGUUCGUCAAGAGGACCAAUUUUGCACCAACCCCUUUUCCUUCGCUUAAUAAAUAAGUGAAGAUUUAAGCACAGGCAGAUUUAGAGCUUUUUUGUGAGUUCAACUGAACUCAUUGCUUUCAAUUCAAUCGAACUAUGUAUACGUAUGAGGAUUUUUUUUUCUUUAAAAUGUAUACAUAGAUCACACACGUUCUGAAUCUACUGACUCUCGAUCCUACAUUCGCCUAUAUAUGUUUUUAAGGAUCAAGUUUACGUGCUAUAUAUGUAGUACAAGUAAACUCGGAAGUCCUUUCCUAGAUGUAUGCAUAGAGAUUACAAUAUAAUGGUACUGCUAGAAAAAUUGUCAUUUUGA